AUGGAGGAAGAAGAAGAAGCUCAACCAACAAAAGGUUAUUUUCCAGUUCUAGUAGGAAAAGAGGGGAUGAUGGAGAAAUUUUUGAUAGCCACAAAGCUAAUCAAGCAUCCUUUCAUUGUUCAGUUGCUCGAAAUGUCAGCUAAAGAGUACGGGUACAGGCAAGAGGGAUUACUAAAGAUUCCAUAUGAUGCCAAUUGCUUUAAGAAGAUGCUCAAGCUCAUAUCCAAGAAAUAG